AUGGACCGUGCCGUCAGCGAGGCUUGGGCUGUCGCGCAGGGCCUGCUCGUCCGCUUCGCGCACGCAUUGCUCGCUCUUCCGGAGUCGUCCGAUGCUGAGGACCUGGAGGACGACCAAGCCCGCGUCGUCGCGGCAAGCGGGCUCUCACUUCUGCCACACCGCUCUGGCCCGCCGUCCGCUUCCGGGCAUAGGGGGUACAGGACGUAUGCCUGGGCCUUUGAGCGCGGAUCAGCAUAUCAGGACUCGUUUGAAGCUCUGGUCGCGCAUGUCACGGCCUUGUCGCCGAGCAUCUACAACCUGGAGGUCGUGUAUGCUCCGUUGCAGCAGUUUAUUGGGAAUAGCGGGCGCUUGUUACAUGCGUGGCAGCAACCGGAUGAUGUGGCUAGCGUGCUAUCGGGGCCUGGUGUGGAAGCGGAGUACGCUAUUCUGCCGGCUUUCGUAAGCAAGGCGGUGGAUGUCUUUGUUAAGGCAGCACGAAAUGAUGUGCGGGCGUAUAUGGGCAAUGCCUUUGGAAACCGUGCGGGCACCUUGCUCCAGCCCCCAUCGCUAGGAAAAAUACGCGAGCAUACGCAGGUCGCAGGUGCGGCGUCGCGCUACGCCUUACCCGCCAUGUCACAGACGCAAGUGUUGUUAGAUGUGAUCGGAAACUGCUUGUCUCUGUGCAUUGCGGUACCAACCGUUGCGAGACGGCUCGGGGAAGUUGUGAACAGCGACGUGAUCAAGCCGUUUUCUGAACGCGCUAUAUAUGCGCUCAAUCUAGCCGAGAGCUGGACUGAUGCAGGUCCGUUGCUCAAGGAAAUCCGGACGGCCGCUCACCCAACCGAAGAGAGCCAAAAGCUAGAUGCCCAUGGGGCGAGCAGUUCAUCUCGCCGAAACGGACUGCGGCGAUCGCAAACAUGGAACGCAAAGGCGUUGCGAACCAUCCGCAGGCGACCAGAUUUGACGACGACAUGUCUCUCGCGCAUGUACGACAAGUCAAACCACUUGGCGAGGGAGAAACCUGUACGAUUACUCGACGAGAGCGAGUGGAACGCCGUCGUUCGCCUGGUAGUAAACGCGAAGGUUGUAAUUGCCGAGCUUGAAAACUGCACAAAUACCGAGGAAGAAUGGAAACCGACUGGAGUGACGUCGCACUCGUCUUCGUUUUCACAAGAGUCAGUUUCGAUCUUGAAGCUUCGAGCUGCCCUCUGCGACCACGGGGCAUCAGCGUCGCAUCAACGCGCUGUCAUUGAAGCCGUCGGCAGGAUGCGAAGCGGCUGCCGCAUCUUGCGGGAGGAGGUGGUCGAACGUGGGAUCGCGGUGCUCCACACCGAAGUCGUAUUGCGAUGCUUUUGGGAAGCAAUGCAGACACUGACGAUCAACAAAAAAGUGAAGAAGACGGGCCUUUCAAGAAGUGCCAUUCCCGCCAACGAUGCGAUUCCCCAUGUAAACGGGACGGGCAUCUCCAAGGUGGCCCCCAUUUUCAAGACAUCCAACUUUCAGCUCUCUGAUGCCGAGCGAAGCAGCGAAGACACCUCUGUCGCGAUGUGCGAAUAUGACGAGUUUGGCGAUCGAAUCGCCAACGAAAACGUCACGGAUGUUGAUAUCGAGGACUACAGCUUUCCCUCGACGGCCGUCUUCGAGGCAACCGAAUGGAAAGCCCCACCGCGUGACAGCAGCAUUCGCUCUACUACGGACGAUGUAAUGCUUAGCGCUGCGCAGACGCAAGCGCUAACGGACACAGACCGGCGCAUCGUGGCGCGGGGGCGCGCUUUCGGUGAGGAGCUUCGCAGCAAAGACGAGGUCAUUAAGUGCAACUUGUCGGUGCGCGAACGGCGCUUCAUCUUUUGCGAAGCAGACGGCGGUGUGGCGGCAGGUAUUCGGGUUGCGGGGGAACUCGCAGGAAAAGGCGAUCGGGACGUCGCAUCAGGGGCCAGAUUGUUUCUCGACGCAGCCGCAACUACGGGAGCUGUGGCUUUCGGCUGGCCCGUGGUGGAAAGUGACUAUUCUGUUGCUGAAGGAGCGAGUGCUAGCGGCAGCGAGUGCCGGACGUUAUUGUACGCAGCAGGGCUAAUGUAG